UUACCAGAUUCUCUGAGACGUGGCUUUGGGCUUUUUGAUCCCCAAGAUCCUUCAUACCUCUGAUCCAUUGAUCUGAUGAUGGAAGUUCCGAUGCUCCUCUCACUCCCUACUGAAGUACUGCUCCAGAUCACUGACUACCUGACAGCCAAUGACAAGCUAUGUCUCCGUAUUUCCUGUAAGAGGUUCUACUCUCUCCUCAGCGAUCCUCAUGCCUGGAGUUCCCUGGUGUGGAAGAAUUGUCGCAGAAGAGACCAAGACUUCAAAGCUCUCAGACAGGCACUGAAACUAUCUCGUUCGUAUGUCCAAUAUGUUCACAUAUCGUAUAUGUCAAAAUCAAAGAGGUUCUCAAACGCAAAGUUUUUCCCUCAAAUUGGUAAAUGCAAGCAAAUACGCUACCUAUCAUUGACUGGCACGUUCUUCGAAUCUGUAAAGCAGAACACACUUGAACAGUUGCUGUCUGAAUUACCAUCCCUGUACUGCCUUAGUGUGACAGGAAAUCAAUAUUGUGCUAAGCGUGUAUUAGUGGCUGCUAAAUCAUCGAAAAGUCUGGAGGUUCUCUGUGUUAAUACUGAGGAUGAAAGGUACUCUGCUGUGCGUUUUUGGAAAGAUGGCGGGUAUAUGCCUCCAAAUCUGAAACUGUUUGGGAUUUCCCAAUUUAUUGACUGUAUUCACCAACUAACGAGCAGCGACCACCCUGCGCAGUUAUCCAUCUAUCCAAGCAGUUCCCCAAUAGCUGGAAACGUGGUCACCAAGUACCCAAUUAUUACAUUGUCUUUGUAUCCGAAUGUUGAGUUGGUGACUUGCCCGACUGCAUCUGUUUGUUCCUCAGUCUCGCACUUCUCAGAUAUAAUUCUAUCUCGUGGCAACUCCUCCACUUUAGAUCCUGUCAGUGCUAUAGUGUACAGUUCAUCGGGGCAUUCCAUGGAUGUACUUUCACGUGGUAUUGCUGUCUCACUUUUGCCAUCAAGUAUUGAAUCACUCUGUUUGAGAAGAACAGAAGUGUUAGCUUCUACUGACCUUACGCUGCUCUCUGAAAUGUGUCCAAAGCUAGUUAGUCUUGAUAUUCAAGGUUGUACAAAUUCUUUACAGAAUCUUCUAGGAUUAGCCGAUAUCAGUUCAAAUUGUGCGGGCUUGGCAGCUUUGAACAUUGUGGGAAUUUGUAAUAUUGAGAGUUUGUCUUCUCUCUGGGAGGUUCUAUCUAGUAUGAGGAAACUGCGUUACUUAUCAAUAGGUUAUUCAUUCAUUACUGAAAGGCGUGUUGAUCGUGGUCGGGAUGUCAGUUUGGCACGAAUGAAUUUGUUUGCGAUCGACAUAAUUUCUGAUCAUUAUAUCAGGGAUCAUAAAGUAGCUCUCCAAGUCGAAAGGCUCCUGCCAGCUUUUCAACAGUUGCAACACUUAAAAAUCUCAAUUGUGUUAAUAAAAAAGCUAUCGGCCACCCUUGACCUAACCAAUGUCCUCCCCAACCUGCCUUCCCUUGCACAGUUAUUUGUUACAAUUUCUUCAUCAAACCGUAGCCCGCUAAAAUUACCCACUGAUUCAGAUUGCUACUCAUCUCUGAAGAAACUUUCCAUUGACUAUAAGCACUUUGAUGUUUCUGACGAUCUGGCUCGAGCUUUCUCUAAGUCUCCAUCUCUGACAUAUUUAUACCUCGAUGUUGGACAGUUAAGUCCCCUUCUCAUUGAGCUACUAAGCAAUUUCUGUCGUCUCUGUGAAUGUUAUCUUUGGUUUAAAGGAGAUAAAGCAAAAGUUUGUGAUGAAACAAGAGUUAGAGGACAUUCAACUGUGUUUGACGAACACGGAAUAUGUGGAUGUGUGAAAUCGAAAAGAUUUUAUCAUAAAACAGAAACGUUAUUUUUGCAAUGUUGACUUCGUUUGGUUUGUUGCUGGUGUUUUUUAUUUAGAGUCUUACUCUCGGUUAUUUUCUGAAUGUUAUUAUUUGUUAUGGUUUCAUACAAUGAUACUUAUUUUGCGAA